GCGGCGGGGAGGCGGCGCGCGGCCCGCAGCCCGCCCAUGGAGGCUUUCCCCUGGGCGCCCCGCUCGCCCCGCCGCGGCCGCGCCCCCCCGCCCAUGGCGCUCGUGCCCAGCGCCCGCUACGUGAGCGCCCCGGGCCCGGCGCACCCGCAGCCCUUCAGCUCCUGGAACGACUACCUGGGGCUCGCCACGCUCAUCACCAAAGCGGUGGACGGCGAGCCGCGCUUCGGUUGCGCCCGCGGUGGGAACGGCGGCAGCGGCUCCCCGCCCUCCUCCUCGUCCUGCUGCUCCCCCCACGCGGGGACUGGGCCUGGGGCGCUGGGGCCGGCGCUGGGGCCGCCCGACUACUACGAGGAGGACGACGACGACGACGACAGCGACGAGCCGGGGUCCCGGGGCCGCUACCUGGGGGGCGCGCUGGAGCUGCGAGCGCUGGAGCUGUGCGCGGGCCCCGCCGAGGCCGGGCUGCUGGAGGAGCGCUUCGCCGAGCUGAGCCCGUUCGCAGGUCGUGCCGCCGCCGUGCUGCUGGGCUGCGCGCCUGCCGCGGCCGCCACUACUAGCGAGGCGACGCCGCGCGAGGAGCGGGCCCCGGCAUGGGCGGCCGAGCCCCGGCUGCACGCGGCCUCCGGGGCGGCGGCCGCCCGGCUGCUGAAGCCGGAGCUGCAGGUGUGCGUAUUCUGCCGCAACAACAAGGAGGCGAUGGCGCUCUACACCACCCAUAUCCUCAAGGGCCCCGACGGGCGAGUGCUGUGCCCAGUGCUGCGCCGCUACACGUGUCCCCUGUGCGGCGCCAGCGGCGACAACGCGCACACCAUCAAGUACUGCCCGCUCUCCAAAGUGCCGCCGCCGCCCGCCCGCCCGCCGCCCCGCAGCGCCAGGGACGGCCCGCCUGGCAAGAAGCUGCGCUGAGGGCCCGGGCUCCCGGCCACCCAGGGUCGCCGCCGCCGCCCCUCGCACCACUAGGUCUGCGCACCAUCUUGCCCCCGCCGUGGGGAGGCGUGCGGCUCAGCGGUCGGCUCGACUUUGGGACGUCGUCCUGGUGGUUUUUCAAAAGCAGCCGACCGUGUGGAGUACUUCCGUGCCGAGCAAUAUGGGACUAGACGGUGAAAUCACCAUGUCUUCAGUUUCUAGUUUGCACAUCCAGAACGGCGAAGGCUGGGUGUGUAUUCCACUAACUGAAAUACGGCAACUUAGAGGCGCUGUUUAUUUACUGUAUACGUGGACCUAUUUUAGAUGCGCAUCAGUAUGAAAUUGUCUCAAUCUAGGAUGUUUCAUUUUAUGAAUGGAGGCACUUUACUAGGUCUAGAAUAUUUUUUUAAAAGCCUCUGAACUGAGCUUAAAACUGGCGAUUUUAUGAAAUGUCGGCAAAAUGACUAUUUUAUUGUUUGAAGCGAGUAAUAUUAGUUGUCCUUAAAAAAUCAGUUACUCUAAUUCCAGGUGAAGCAAGCCGCUGGUAGCAUCACCCUUAUGAGAAGUGAAGGUUUUGUAAACUUUCCAGUAUUAAUUUGGGCGGGUAUUCCCUCCUUGUGGCUUGUUUCCGUCCUAGAUGGAGGUGUAAAAUGCACAAUCUGUAGCAGGUAGAAUACAGCUCCUUAUCCUUUUAUGUACCAGAUAUUUUAUUACUGAACUAGCAACUAGCCUUUUCCACCUUUAAAAGUUGUGCUAAGUCAUAAUCAUAUUGUGUAUAACUUGGAAAUGGUGCUGUUUAAAAAAACUGUGUAUUUAUACAGUAACUAUGAAUUCAUCAAUCUCACCUGUAGCUUUUCUACUUGGCCUUUUCUCGACGCACUCACUUCCAGUUCUCUCAAAACGUUUGAUAUUAAGAUCAAAGGGAAGAAGGGAAGACAGCAGUCUUCACCCUAGAUUGCUCAAUUUCAGGGUUCCUAGUGGAGGAAAGCCCAUUCCAGCUGUUGCCUCUUAAAUAGAAGAUGGAUCUCUAGCUCUGAGCUAUUCGUGUAUUAACUCGUAUUCAAGAAGGUUCCACCGUGGGCUGCGUCUGACUUUAAUAUAGGCAGUGCUCAAACUAGAAUAAGCACUAAUUAAAGGAAUUGUUGGGGGUCUUUCAUGUUCCCACUCCUACUGGAAGACCCAUGUCCAUUUCCGGAACCCCACCAGUUCCCCAUAAGCAAGACUAAACCUGAUGGGCAAAAGUUCCUAACCCCUACUUUACCCUCCCACCCUCACUUUUAAAUCCACCAUACUGAAUGCCACACUAUGGAAUGCAGCUACCUGCCAAUCAAGACAAUAGAAGGCAAAAAAUAGAAGUGAAUUAAGAUGAACUCAUCUGAAAUACACAAAUGCAUCACUAUCUGAAGAUACCAGCAAGAGAUUUAGUCUACGUGUAUAAGGCUCCCAGUAGGAUUUAGCUAGGCUACUAUAAGUUAGACUGCUUUCAUAAUAACAGCUAACUUCCUCCACAGCAAAUUGGCUCAAUCAGGAACCUUCAUUUGAAGGUGUGUUAGAGGGUGGAGUAAAUACCCAAUAGCUGUC